AUGGGCAAACAGAAAACUGGCAACACUGGCAAGGCAAAAUCUGGUGCCAGCAACACAAGCACGAACACCAGGGCGGUCGCCGUUCCCGCUCCUAACGUCCCUCCCGCCUGGCCCCAGUUCAAGCCACCAUUGCCAGUUACUGACCUCAUCCCGGAACCGUUCGCAUCAUGUCCCGACAAGGUCGUCUUGAUCCGUAAUUUCUGGCCAAAAUCCCUCUGCAGUUCCUACGUUACAUUUCUCAGGAACCUACCGCUGGUCACCACCCCUGGCCGUCCCAAAAGAGGAGAGGCAGUGAGGGUAAACGACCGUUUUCAAGUGCAGGAUGCCACCUUUGCUCAACGCCUUUGGAUGGAGACUGGACUGCGCGAAUCGCUCGCCCAAGACGAUGUUCAGGGUUUGUGGGGCGGUGAGGUUAUCGGCUUGAAUCCCAACAUACGUAUCUAUCGCUAUUCCAAAGGCCAAUAUUUUGAUGCACACUUCCUCAUUGUUUACACUCUGCUCGUCAUAAAGGGCUUAGGCUCGAGCGCCAGCAAUCCCAUCGAUUUGUCCCGCAGGCCCAAACCCUGCGGAUCGUUCCAUACCGAUCCACCCCAGGGCAGAGAAGAUUUUUUGGGGGGCACCUAUCGAUCGCAACCAGCUGACCUGUGGAACCCCCACAUAGACGAUGAUUCCAAUAACGUCUCGCUCGCCCUUGACCCUUCCUCAGGAGCCGUUCCGUGUAAGACAACGUGGACGCUUCUGCUCUAUUUGACGUCCUCCGCCGAAGGCUGCGUCGGCGGCGAGACCGUCUUCUUUCCCAACGACCGCCGCUCCGCCAAGGAGGAGAUCCCGGUCGCCCUCGAGACUGGUAUGCUUCUUCUACACAAGCAUGGAGAUGAUUGUAUGUUGCACGAGGGGCGAGAGGUCACUGCAGGGGAGAAGUGGGUAUUGAGGACUGAUCUCUGCGUCAGGAAGUGA